UUCCUGUCGAUUUUUUGUAGAUACAUUAAAACAAAAAGUACUACUACUUAAUGUGUGCUUUAUUAAAACUACAAAUGCAAUUAUUUAGACAAAACACCCAUUUUGUAGGUUCCAAGGAAAUGCUCAAAGUUUGUUGAUUACAGUGCAUUUGUAAAUCCGGGUUUCAAAAGGGGUGCUUAUCCACUUGCAUAUAAAGGACCGUUUUUUGAAGAAAGCAGACACACCCCAACAAAUAAUAAGGACAUGAGGAACCUUUCAAAUUCCCAGCGCUGGAAAUGGUUCAACAUAGUAAAACCAAAGUUAGUGUUCACCUCAAGACAAUAUACAAUAAAAGGAACUAAAUAAACUCAACAUCAGUGAAAUACAGUAUGGUUGAACACCCAGAAGAUAAGACGGUUAAAGGGGACAUUAUAUUCAAUGCACAGUAUCCAGAAUUGCCGCCAGAUUUUAUUUUCGGAGAAGAUGCUGAGUUUCUCCCGGAACCUUCAGAACUACCGCACUUGGUCCAGUGGGAUGCUGGGAACCCAGAGUGUUUGCUGCAGCUGGUGAAGGAGCUAAUCCAGCAGUACCAUCACUACCAAUGCCAACGUCUACGUGAAAGCUCCCGGCUGCUCUUCGAGUAUGAUAGUCUUCUAGAAGAUCCCAACUAUGGACGCAACAUGGAGAUUUAUGCCGGACGCAAGAACAGCUGGACGGGAGAGUUUUCAGCCCGUUUCCUACUCAAGCUGCCUGUGGACUUCAGCAACAUCCCUGUCUAUCUCCUUAAGGACACAGCGUUGGACCCUGGAGAGGAUGUGGCCCUUCUCUCAGUGAGCUUUGAAGACGCUGAAGCUACACAAGUCUUCCCUAAACUCUACCUUUCCCCCAGCAUCGAACAUGCUCUGGGAGGCUCCUCAGCACUCCAUAUCCCAGCAUUCCCCAGUGGAGGAUGCCUAAUUGACUACGUCCCUCAAGUGUGCCAGUUACUCAACAACAAGGUGCAGUAUGUCAUCCAGGGCUAUCACAAGCGGAGAGAGUACAUCGCUGCCUUCCUCAGCCACUUUGGAAUGGGCGUCGUGGAGUAUGAUGCAGUGGGAUUCACAAAACUCACCCUCCUGCUAAUGUGGAAAGACUUUUGCUUCCUAGUACAUGUGGAUCUCCCACUGUACUUCCCCAGGGACCAGCCCACCCUCACCUUCCAGUCUGUGUACCACUUCACCAACAGCGGCCAGCUCUAUUCUCAGGUGCAGAAGUCAUAUCCCUACAGCCCUCGCUGGGAUGGCAAUGAAAUGGCAAAGAGGGCCAAGGCGUACUUCAAGAGCUUCAUCCCUCAGUUCCAAGAGGGAGCCUUUGCCAACGGGAAACUCUAGUACUCUCUAGCUUAAUGACAUGCCUGGAGAGUUGCCUGUGUGAAUGUAAGUGUGUGGGUGUGGGUGUGUGUGUGUUUGUUCGAGCACGCCAUUGUGUACCUGUGUUUAAGUAUGCACAGACUUACAUUUGUGAAAUGUGCUGCACUGCAACAGUACGUUGAGAAUGAAUGUGUGAAUUUUACAUUGUUUGACCUUGAAAUGUUUGCAUUUCAUUUUAUUCACUUAAUAUUUUGGUUUAGUUUAAAGAUACUUGUGUAGAUUUCCAAAGACAAGUCCAGUCACUGCAACAUACUAGAACAAAAAAAAGUACCUGAAAGAAUUUAUGGUUCAGGUUCAAGAGAUUAUGUGAUAAUAGCAAAGACAAACAUUGCAUCACAUUUAACAAUUUUGUGGGAUCAGGCCGUGCUAACAACACUCCCUCCAGAGCUUUCAUGCUGUGAGAGAUUUUUGCUGAUAUGUAAACAAUAUGUAAACUGUCAAUACAUGCAAAUCAGAGCUUUAGGGAUGACGCAAAAAACCUUUGUUCUCCUGUUUGACGGUCUUAACGGUUGUUAAGUACGGCGCCACUGUUGGCGUUGUAUAACCUCAAAACAAGUUUUCCCUUUUAAUUGUCUGUAUGUUCUAUUUGACUGUAUAAAGCCCUGUGAAGAUUGACAAUACUGUUAACUACUGAAGGUCAAAAUCUCAUCCAGUAAAGAUUUCUGUUUCCCCUGA